AUGACUGAUGAUGUAUUAAUGGAAGCAAUCGAAACGGAAACGAUCAAAAUUCCGGGAGUAAAUUUAGAGAAAAUAUUAGAGGUUAGGCAGACGUUCGAUCGGUUAUUGCCUGUCGCGCAAACGUGGUCCCUGAAACUGUUUGACGACAUGUUGGAGACGGUCAAAAUGGUGUACGUGACGUUUAUGGUCAUUCGUCGUUCGAUAUUCAGCCAAGACAGUUGGAAAAACACAAUAAACUCAGCCUUAUCCAAACUGUCGAAGAAAUUGAUUUUAAUCCAGACCAGAGUCGACGACAACGACGGCGUAACGUCCAUAGAUUUAUCGUUGUUUCCGACCGUUCUGAGUUCAUCCUCGCCACCAGUGAGCGAAGGCCCGACGGGAUAUUUUGCCAGGUUCACUGCGGCUGUAAAACAGAUGGCAGUGCGAUUGCUUGGCAUUCGAGCUUAA